UCGCUUCCCGGUCGCGCACGGAGCACCGCCGCCGCCGUGAUUACAGCGAAACGGGGGGAAGAACGAGACGAGUUGACUCCAAUCACUCUUUCUGACAUCAAAGUUACAGCAUUUCCCCGUUCCUUCCGUGCGUUUGAGUCAUGUGAGGGAGCCUGUAAUGUCCACAGAGCAGGAUAAAGAUUCAUUCUCUCUAAAACGAAACCGAGGAGGUGAAGGUGGGCUGGAUAUUUUAGGAGGUCCUGGGCUGCUGCUGGGAAGCCCUGAGAAAAAGAGACGCAAGUCGAGCACACAGGCGCCGUCCUUCUCUCCUUUGUCUGAAUAUGCGCCCCCUCCAAACCCGAGUGCGGAUCACUUAAUAGCCUCCAACCCUUUCGAUGACAAUUACAACUCGCCGUCCCUGAAGCCGCUUCCUCCUGCCAACCCUUAUUUUGGCCACUCGCACUACCCGGGGUUUAGCGGCUAUGGGCCGCCUAGGAUGCCGCCCAGGAUGCCUUCUCCAUACGGUGCUCCUUACCAAAUGCGAAACCAGCCCCAUCCUUUUUCUCCAAAUUCCAUGGGCUACAACCGGCCGCCGGGAUUUAACUACGGCCAUCCCGAAAGCCCAAAUUACGGGCCGCCGUUUGCCGGCGGCAGCAACAAUAUUAUGCACUUCAGACCAAGUCCAGGAGAGCACCCCUGUCUGAACCAAAGUAGUCCAGGUGGUCCGGUUUUCGGUCCAGAGGGAAAUCCAGCCCGGGAUGUGAGCCCGAAUCUCUCUCAGCACCAGAAUAACUUCAGGCAGUCCAGCACGCCAACGCCCAAACAGGACCUGAGUGAAGCCGUGAACAAAAGCUCCAUGCAAAACCAGAACUGUGAAGAAAACAAGACUCAGGACAACACAGCAGAGCUGAAGGCAAAAAGCGGAGCGGAAAAGCUCAACGGCGUCCUUCACCUCAGCAACGAAGCCUUGAAGAAGUCACCACGACCCGCAGACGCCCGCAGGGGCAGCAGUCACAAUAAUAAUAAAGUUCUGAACAGAAGGAGCACGUCCUCCUCGUCCGAGCCCGUCUACCCGUGCGGCAUAUGCCUGAACGAAGUGAACGAUGACCAAGAGGCCAUUCUGUGCGAGGCCUCGUGUCAGAAAUGGUUCCAUAGAGUUUGCACAGGAAUGACCGAGACGGCGUACAAUCUGCUAACGGCCGAGACGUCUGCGGUUUGGGGUUGCGACGCUUGCAUGGAGGACAAAGGAGCGCAGCUGCUCAAGACAAGAGAGGCGUCGGGACGCCGUCCGGUACCGGCGAUGGACAAUCAUGAGACUCACUGUCGUCAAAGUCCCAAUCGAUUGUUUGAACUUCCAAAGUUCUGCUGGCUCCUUUUGUUUCUACUCACCCAGAAUGCUUUUAUAAUGUUAAAGAUAAUAAAAUAUUUACUGUUUUUUUAGCGAAUCACAAAAGGAGAAAGUCUUAGGGGUUUGGGACAAGGUGAUGGUGAGUGAGUGAUUUGAAAUUAUUUUCAAAAUGUUUGGGGUUGGUAAGAUUUUAAAAUAUUAUUGUAAUAUAAUUAUUAUUAUCUUUAUUCUCUCCAAUACAACUGCGUUUUAGUGCCAUGUUAAAAAAAAAAAAAAAAAACUAAGAUUACGAGAUUAAAGUCGUAAUUCUCUCUGUUUUAUCACAAAAUACAAAUUAUAAAUGUUUCAAAUUUAUUUUAUUUCAAGUUUAUAGACCAUUUCGCUAGAUGUAAACAUACUGGUCCCGAUGCACUUCCUGUUUAUUUUUUUUUUUUUUUUUUACUUUACACAAACAUCACAAAAAAUACAACCAACAUAACAUUUGACUGGAUGAAAAUGUUACAUUAGCACCUUUAAGAUGUAUUUGUAUAUGUGAAAUAAAAAAUAAAAAAAAAACAGGAAGCGCUUCUGGACCAGUGUUGUUUACAUCUAGCGAAAUGGUCUAUAGCAAGAAAUAAAAGUGAAGGAACAUCAGUAGGCAUGGAAAAAAAAAAACAGUAUAGCUUUAAUGAAACAAAUGUCUCAUUGUAAUCAGAAAGAUGAUUGACUCGCAUGCUGCUUAAACUGAAGCGAAUACAGCGAUCUGUCAUGCCACAUUAAAGGGCAUGAAAAACACAUUAUUGUAAGACAUAUUGUUUGUAUUUCACUAUAAAACUGACAGAAUUUGAAAGCUGAGACUUUGUAAUAUCUCCGGGUGCUCUCAAUGUGCAUGCACAAUAGGUUAGAAUAUACUCUCAAAAUAUUAUAACUUUAAUCUCGUAAUUGCUAUGAAUGAAUCCUCGUAAUUUUAACUUUUUCAAAACAUUUAGACUUUCUCAAAACAUUUUGACUUUCUUCUCUUAGUAUUUCGACUUUAUUUUAGAAAUAUUUCAAGUUUAUUCUAAUAAUAUUUCGACUAUUCUCGUAAUUUCGACUUUAUUCUCAAAAUAUUACGACUAUUCUCAUAGUAUUUCGACUUUUUUCUUGUAAUAUUUCAACUUUAUUCACGACAUUUAGACUUUAUUCUUGUAAUUUCAACUUUAUUCUUGAAAUAUUUAAACUUUAUUCUUGUAAUUUUUACCUAAUUCUCAAAAUAUUUAUUCUGGUAGUAUUUCGACUUAAUUCUCUUAAUAUUUCGAUUUUAUUCUCGUAACUUCGACUUUAUUCUCUAAAUAUUGUGACUUUAUCCUCAUAAUAUUUCAACUUUAUUCUCGUAACUUCGACUUUAUUCUUGAAAUAUUAUGACUUUAUUCUCAUAAUACAGUAUUUCAACUUUAUUCUCGUAAUAUUUUGACUUUAUUGUAAUAUAUCAACUUUAUUCUCAUAACUUUGACUUUAUUCUCCAACAAUUAUGACCUUAUUCUCAUAAUAUUUCGACUUUAUUAUUGUAACUGACUUUAUGCUCAAAAUAUUUUGAUUUUAUUCUUGGAAUUUCGACGUUAUUCUCGAAAAAUUAUCACUUUAAUCUCUUAAAUCAUAGAUUUUUUUUUUUUUUUAACAUGGCACUAAAAUGGCGUUGUACACCAAGGCUACAUUUAUUUGAUCAAAAAUACAGUAAAAUUGUGAAAAAUUUUUGCAAUUUAAAACAACAGUUUUCUUUGUGAAUAUCUGUUAAAAUGUAAUUUAUUCCAGUGAUCAAAGCUGAAUUUUCAGCAUCAUUACUCCAGUCUUCAGUGUCACAUGAUCCUUCAGAAAUCAUUCUAAUAUGCUGAUUUGCUGCUCAAGAAACAUUUCUGAUGUUAAAAACAAUUGUGCUGCACAAUAUUUUUGUGGAAACUGUGAUGCAUUUUAAUUUUCAGGAUUCUUUGAUGAAUAGAAAGUUCAAAAGAACAGCAUUUAUUUGAAAUAUAAAUCUUUUGAAACAUUAUAAACGUCUUUACUGUCGCUUUUGAGUAAUUUAAUGCAUCCUGCCUGAUUAAAAGUUUUAAUUUCUUUCAAAAGAAAAAAAAUCUUACUGUCCCCAAACUUUUGAACAGCAGUGUAUUUGUUUUUGGGUUAAUUACUUCUUGUGUAGAUCUCUAAUACAAUGCAAAUUUUCGCAAAUUUCAUCUGUCCUUCAGAACCAGUGAUUUCUUUACAUCAUGUGUUUAUUUAGAAGUGGCUGGUCGGGUUGGAUAUCCUGCUUUGGUUCACUUUAAUUGUUUUAUGAAACAGCAGCCACUUAAUAUCUGUGAUUUUACUCAUGAUGGGUUUUUAUUAAUUCUUACGUUACAGCUGUAAGUCUAACAGUCAGUAUCCAGGUUUCAGAGUAACUCAAAAACACAAGCUCUUCAUUUUCCUUAUCCAAAAUGGUGUCUGUCAAAUUAGCAAUAAAAACUGCUCUGAAACCUUUACAAACAUUCAGCUAAUUUAAUAGUUCAUAUGACAGGGCCUUUUCCAAUGAAUGUAGCUGUAGAAUAUUUACUGUAGCGUAUUUUCUGAUGAGUAUCAGACAUCAUGUGUCUUGUGUAACUGUUGAGGGUACUAGCAGCAUGUAGUUUAGUCCUAGUGAGCAAUUUUCCUGGAUGUGCUGUAUUGCAUUUUGUUCCUUCUCAUUAUACUUUUUUUAAUCAGCUUGGCUCGUUGAUUGCUUUAUGAUCAAAUGAAGUGAAAAUCUUGAAUUAACAGAGCCAGAGAACAAGUUGGAUGCACUUGAUACUUUUGUAAGUUUUGUUAUCUGACAGCUUUCUUUACUGGGUGGAUGUGAGAUUAUAUUUUUUGGCCAAGAUUGAGGAGGUUUGUUACUUGAAGGCCUUAUUUCCGGGUAUGAUGCAUGAAAGAGCACAAACAGUAUAUUUAUGGAGUCAAAAACACUUUGUGCAUCAGCCCUUUUAACCAUUUGUCUCCUAAAAUUAAUUUGUUUUAUGCCUUAAUGUUCAUGGAUGAAUCUCACAAAAUCUUAAAAAAAAAAAAGUGCAGGUCAUAUCUCACUUCAAAGAAAUGAAUUUAAAUUAAAUAAAAAAAUAACAAAUUAAGUAAGUAUUUCCUAUAGAAAAUAAACAUUGUAAUUGAAUUAAUUUUAAUUAAUAAAAAAUAACAAAACACCAUUGAUAAUAAUAAUAAUUAUUAUUAAAAAAAAUAAAUAAAAAAUACCUGAACAUGUUUUUGUUAGAUUCACCCAUAUAUCAUCUCAAAUGCAUUACUUUAAUUUUUUUUUCUCUUAGAAUUUUUUUUUUUUUAAAUCCACAUUAAAAUCAGAGAAUGUCGUCUUCCAUUGAGCUGGGAAACAUUGUGGCAUCGUGAAUGUAAACUUCAUGUCUUGCUCUCUGCCUUUUGAUUUUCCAGAUGUUUCCACACAAAUAUACUUGAGUGUUUACUCACCGUAUUCUUUUAUAUAACAGUGCCAAUCACAAAACUCACUGAUCUUGUUUCAUUUGUUAAGCAAGAUCGUGUAAACAAUCGUAGUGUAUUUCCCUACCAUUUAUUAAAAAAAGCACUUGUUGUGACAAACUCAUGACAAUGUUCAUGUUAGUAAUAAUGCGUCUGAAGGACAAAAUAAUGUAGGAGCAAUUAUUGUAUAAUUGGCCACAUUAGACUGUUGACCCCUGGUGCCUUACAUGUGUUUUUAUUUUUAAAAAAGAUAUUUAGAUCUGAAGCUGAUGGCAUUGUGUAUUGAAUCACUUACACGCUUAUCAAUAUGAGGUGAGAAUAAUUGUGCAACUAAUUUUAUAACAGGACAAUGAAUGUACGGAGCCAAUAAACUGUAAAUAACGAACAAUAUGAAGUGAAUAAAUUUGUUUAAUCCUCGCAACCGAGCUGGUACAGCGCAUACAGUUUACUGAAUGUAAAUUAAGGUUGUCUUGUGUGAUGUAACUCAUAUUUCUCUGUGAAAACGAGUCUUGUUUAAUAGAGAAACCUCGGCAAAGCCAUAAUUCAGAUGUAUUAUUCAGCUGUUUCAGUCUCACUUCGAAUCGCGUUUAAAUAAAACUGAUUUUAAAAAGA